ACCACAAUGAUAUCUUGUUUGACAAACACGCCUUAAAUGAUUGCGAACUAAUGAACCGAAGCUAGGAGGUAUGUUGUGUGCCUGAGCUGUAGCCCUCAAUUAAUAUGGCGCUCGGCACGGAUUCCCUUACACAGUAUGGCGUCCCCAUUGGUCGGUGCCCUUAUCUAAGAUGGCGGCUAAAUGGAAUAGUAAGCCUCCUGGACUAAAGAUGGCGCAGGGCGCGGUCUCAGUCGAGCAGGGAGCGCGCUUGCCUGUCAGAGUGACGAGCUUGGGUAGGGAGGAAGAUGGCGUCCGCCGGCGGGGGUGCCCUGAGUAUCUUGGAGUACUUUGGUGGGGAAGAUGGAAACCGGUGCGGAUACUGUAAGAGCGAGGCUAGCAACAUGUCACACGGAAUGUGGGCCCAUACCCUGACUGUGCAAGACUACCAGGACCUCAUAGACAGAGGAUGUAGACGGAGUGGAAAGUAUGUGUAUAAACCUCUUAUGAACCAGACUUGCUGCCCCCAGUAUACUAUCAGGUUGUCCACCUCAAAUUUCCAUCCCACCAAGUCCCACAAGAAGGUGCUUAAGAAAGUGCUGAAAUACCUCCAUGUUGGGGAAGUGUCUCAUUCCAAGGAUGAAGGCACUUCAGGAGAACCAAUGGAUUCCCAGGCAGAGAGUCCUGUUUCCUGUAAUGUUUCCAUUCUGGACAAGUCUGAGAUCCCAGAGGAGGAGCUGAAACCACUGAAUAUAGAGCAAGAGGAAACGGAGAAAGAUCGAGAGUCUGACAAGCAGGAGGCAACUCAUGUCAGCAGCCCCGGCCUGUGUGAUAAGGAGGAACACUGCAUACAGAGUGCUGAAGGGGAGACAUGCAGUCAUUCAAACCCCAAGCCAGGAAAAGGUGCAGAUGUAACCAAGCCACCCUGUAGAAAAGCCAAGGAUAUUCGGAAGGAGCGUCGCAUGCAAAAACUCCUGCAUCAACAAACUGACAAAGCCUCUUUGCCUGAACGUCCUUCCGCAAAGCCAACCUGUAAAGCCAAAGGCAGCAAGUCUGUAGAGGACUUUAUCUCUGUGACCCCUCCAGAGAAUGCCGCACACCACCUGGAGGUAAGACUUGUGAGGUCUUCUCCUCCCAGCUCCCAGUUCAAAGCGAGUUUUCAGGAGUCCUACCAGGUGUAUAAACGCUAUCAAACAACUAUUCACCAGGACCCGCCUGAUAAACCUACCAUAAGCCAGGUCAAGUUAGUCCCAGUCUCCAUGGAGGACCCUGAAUUUGUCUCGUCCUUCGACCGUUCUGCAGCCCUGUAUGCCAAGUACCAGAUGGCCAUUCACAAGGACCUCCCUUAUCAGUGCAGCCCAGACGAGUUCACCCGGUUCCUCUGUGACUCCCCGCUGGAGCCGGAGACUCGACCGGAUGGCCCUGCGUGUGGCUAUGGUUCCUUUCACCAGCAGUAUUGGCUGGAUGGAAAGAUCGUUGCUGUCGGAGUGAUUGACAUCCUCCCUUAUUGUGUUUCCUCCGUAUACCUUUACUAUGAUCCCGAUUAUGCCUUCCUUUCCCCUGGGGUCUAUUCUGCCUUAAGAGAAAUUGCUUUCACUCGCGAGCUGCAAAAGAGAGCUGCCGACCUCUGCUAUUAUUAUAUGGGCUUCUACAUUCAUUCCUGCCCCAAGAUGAGAUACAAGGGUCAGUAUAAACCGUCGGAUUUGUUGUGCCCUGAAACCUAUUUAUGGACGCCCAUAGAGAAAUGUCUGCCCCUCCUGGAACUUUCUAAAUACACUCGCUUUAAUAGCAACCCUAAAGAAGGGGACAGAGAUCUCCUGACGGAGCUGGGACGGGUCCGGGUCCUGUAUAAACGCACGGUGAUGCCCUACAGCAUAUACAAGAAGAGGCGCAAAGGUCCGAACGACGAGGUGGCCGUCAAGCAAUACGCAGGCCUAGUGGGUCAGACCUGUGCAGAACGCAUGUUGCUGUAUCGCAACUGAGACAGACAAUGAAUGUGUGAUUCCCAGGGGUGGGUGGGGGGUAUGUACUGCAUGCUAUUUUGUUUUAAAACUGUAUGGAGUCGGCUUUAAUGAAGGAAUAGGUGUUAGGCAGCAAAAAUUAGCAGCACCCAACUGUCUUCUCCAACGCCUUCCUUUAUGCACUGACUUAGAGCACUAUGCAAGGGCCUGCAAAUCUUACAGCAUUAACAGCCAAUGUUAGGCUCUCCGGCUUUCAAUCAACCACAACCUCCAUGAUCCUCAGGUACUUGUUACUUGGCAGAGAAUGAUUGGAGUUGUACAUUUGUAAACGCUGGAGAGCCUUAGAUUACUCCCCCCCCCCCGUCCUAUGGUCUCGUGUCCACCAUCUCUGCAGACUUGAACUAGGGAAGCGUUGGGGUGGCAGACAUCGCUCAUUUAAGUUAUUUAUUAUUUUAGAUUAUGCUGACUUGCCUGCCUGUGUGUUUUGAUUAGCGCUUAUUUAGGCUUUUGAUUGGCAGAUGCAGAAUGUUGGCAGUUCUAGGCUUAGCCCAACGGAAUCCCAUUAUGUUUUGCCAAAGGCAAGAACAACCUACUGCGUUCAUUCCAAAUGUUCCCUGCUAUGUUCUCAGCAAGUGAUUUUAUGAGGUGUCCUUCAGAUCUGAGCACACUCUUCAUACGGCACGGUCCGAUAGUGGAGCACGUGCAAACGAGCCGUUGGAAUGAGCGACAGCAGUAAGUGUAUCAAGCAUCAUCGAGUUGUUCUGUUUGAUUGUUUAAAUUUAGAACACGUACAUGUGAGAACAGCCUUAUUUUACUACUUGUUACAGACUAAGCUGCCCCCACCCACACACAUACAUACACUUAUAUCUUUACUUUCUAUGUGCCACAUCAUGUAACUGGAUAGGUGAAGGCAAAAGAAGCUAGAUAACAAUAUGGACUUCAUAUACUGUACACUUCUUGUUGUUAUGUCUCAUUGUGAAGUGUCCUUAGAAGCAUCCCUGAAAGUCAGCGACUUCCAAACUGUGGGCCCCGUCUCCUUGGUGGAGGGUUUAGAAUGGGGGUCCCCAACCUUUUUUACCCAUAAGUAUCAUUCAGAUGUAAAAAGAGUUGAGGAUCAACGCAAGCAUGAAAAAUGUGAUUGGCCAUGUGGUAGCCCCCUAUGACGCCUGGUUUUUAUGCAACCAAAACUUGCCUCCAAGCCAGGAAUUCAAAUAUAAGCACCUGCUUUGAGGCCACUGGGAGCAACAUCCAAGGGGUUGGUGAGCAACUUGUUACUGAUGAGCCACUGGUUGGAGACCACUAAUUUAGAGCAGUGCAAUGGGGGACUCAUGCCUCUUUGGUUUUGCUUAAAAGAUAAGUAAACCUUGAAAAUAAGUGAAUUGCACUUUUGCAAUGUACAUUCCUUAUUUAUUUUUUUUUUUUAAUUCCAAGAUAUUAAAGGUUACCUGUACUGUUAAAUGAAUUUGUUUUGUUUUAAUGUUUUUCUGGUUAGGAAACCUUUCUCAAAUUUUUCCUAACCAGAAGAACAUCAAGCAGCCUCUUCCUUGACUACUUAAGUGGUCAGAAAAUGACCAGCAGGUGGCGCUGUCGUAACAAAAUUAAAUCAUAUUAACAGUACAUGUAACCUUUUAAUAUCUUGGGGGAAAGAACUAAUGAAUUUACAUUGCAAAAGUGCUUAGAAUAGCACCCUCAUCAAUAUUGACUUAUUUUUAUGGUUCCUUUAAAGGUGCGUUAGCGUAUGCUAUGGAGUAAAAAUGUAUAAAGAGUCCUAAGUAUUUCGGGAACUCUGGCUGAAGGACUGAUAUACACCAUUGUUACCCUAUAUCUGUAAUCUUGGUAUAAGGGAAUGGGGGGACCUGGCAAAACAUUGAACCUUCAAGUGGGACUUGAACUGAAAAAGUCUGACAACUACUGCUGAAAGCCCAUCAUAUUUUACUUUAUGAUGUCAUUGGUCUAAACACUAUUGCUUUUUAACAAUGACAGUGGCCAAUUAGGUGAGGCCUAUGGCACACAUAAAACACCCCAUUAGCCCUGCUGCCCCCCAUGCUUCAUGCCAUUGAAUGGAAACUGUCCCAAAAAAAGCCACAUUUGAGGCAGUUUCUGUUUACAUGAAAGACAGGAGGCACAUGGGGGGUUGACCUGGUGCUACAUGGGACCCCCACCUUAAGUAGGAUUCUGUGCAAUCCUGCCCACUUGGGAAGUGUUCCAUUACUGUUCUUCAGUAUCUGGAUCUGUAGCUGCACUUCAGGGAAGCUGUCACUCUUUGCCUUUCAUAUAAACACUGUACAAAUCCAACCACUGAAAGCAUUAUUGGUCAUUUGUUUUCUUUUGUAUUGUUGACAUUAAUAAUAUACAUAAUUAUAACAUAAUAUCACACAGAUCUUAAUAUUCUAAGCUGCCACAAUAAAUAUGUUCCACAUUUAAACAGA